UUCCGAGAGUCGGCACCAGAUGGUGAUGAUGAGACCGGGGAGCCUGUGGUCUUCGCGCGGUGACCGCAGCUGCUGCAGCUUUUCAUGUAUUUUUCGUUGAGUCCCCAGCUUGAUGUGGGGCAGACCGUAUUCCCCAACAAGGGCUGGAAGCUGUGAGAAGCGUGGUUUAACGAAUGAGCUAGAGCUCCUUGGGUGUUAACGUGCUAGACCUUACCGCUGUGGCUGUAAAAGUUGAAGGAAACUGAUUGCAAAAGCUGCGAACCCGAGAGGAGCAGGGAAUGUCCGACCAGGCGCUGCUGAGCCCGGCAGCGCUGACCUCGCUGCUGCUCUGCGCCGCUCAGGUGCCGCUGGCUUGGGCGCUGGCUCGGGGCUUUGGGCAACACUGCCCGCCGCUGGACCGAGCACUCCUGGGCUGGCUCUUCUAUGAUGCCAUGGUGCACUUCACCCUGAAAGGACCGUUUGUUUACAUGUCUUUGGUGGGGACCGUGGCACAAUCUAAUCAUGUUCUUUCUUUCCUAUGGCAAGAAUAUGGGAAAGCGGAUGCAAGAUGGCUUCAUUCAGAUCCGACAAUCGUAUCACUAGAAAUCCUGACUGUGACACUGGAUGGGAUUUUAAUUCUGCUUCUCAUUCAUGCUAUUGUGAAAGAUAAAUACUACAGGCACUUUGUACAAAUCACACUCUGCGUUUGUGAACUCUAUGGUGGCUGCGUGACCUUCUGCCCCGAAUGGCUCAUUGGGAGCCCCAACUUGAACACUAGCAACUGGCUUUAUCUCUGGGUCUAUCUGGUCUUCUUUAAUAUGAUCUGGGUGGUUGUACCAGGGCUACUCCUGUGGCAGUCUUGGCAAGCCCUCCAGGAAAUGCACCAGAAGAGAAAUGUAAAGAAAUCACAAUAAACAGUACUGUUGUCAAUCA